GUUUACCCUAUUGUUUCAAUCCCCACAUAAUUGACCAAUUUUUUUUUAUUGAAGUGCGCAGUGUCACGUGCGCAGUGCCGUGGUAUCAAUGGCGAAAUGGUAUCCACGACCCGAAUUACUCUCAUCGACUCCUUUAAAUGCGGGUGACAAUGACCGAUGUAGUGAUAUUGUGAUUCCCUGAAACAAAAACAUUCAUCAAAUUUUCACUGACAGCCCCGAAAAAAAUGGAGGCAGGUGUCAGAGUGCGAGUUUUUUCGAGUCUUCAGUCAACCCUGAGGCCAUCCUAGAUCAUCCUCCAGUGAUACCUGAAUAAUUGAAACAAAAUGUGAAUUUACAUUAAUCCAUGUGAUUCUAGUCCUCUCAACGACCUAAAACGUAACCCAAGAAUCAGUCUUGGGCAAAACCCCAAAAAAAAAAAAUCAAUUAAGUCUCAUUAAAUGUCAAUUCAAAAGGGUUAUGUGAGAAUUCCAGAACCCCUCGGGGUUUAGUGGCCUGAGCCCCUGAUGAAUCAGAAAGUGACUGACAGAAUAAAAAUCAACAUCAAUCGGCUCCUGUCAAUCUGGUGCUUCAAUUGAUCAAUUAAUCUAGUCGAGAGAAACAUUUACCAAAGGAAUAUAAGAUACAUUCCCUCGAGAGCUGAAUCCAGCUGAACUGACGAGUAAAAACUCAAAAAUGGAUGUUAAUAUUUUAAGACUAUUUUAUUAGAUAGAAUGAAUUUACCUAGUCAUUGAUUUAUUGAUGGGAAGUAAAAUAAUUAAUUAUGGAGCCCAGUGAGCCCGAGGGGCAAAAAACUGACAUCUCCCCUCGUCUGAAGCAGAAGAAAAAGUCCCUCUGUCAGAUAUUGAUGAAUAAAAAGACGAGGGUUGGGUGCAUGGAGGUGUCGUACAAGGAUUCAGAGUCCCAUGAUACCUCGAAAAUAGAGAAUUCACAGGCUUCUCACACAAGUACUAAAUUAUCCCUCUGCUGUGCAAUGACAGAAAGGAGUAGAACACCUCCACAGAGCAUGAGUGUAACCAGGUUAUCACCAACAUUGAGUCGGGCAUCGGUUAAAUCAGAAAUAGCUUCGAUCAAUGGAAAUUGUCGGGCUGUCAUCGAGAGGAAUGAACCGGUGCAGGUGAUCAAAAUGAGGAGUAAAUGCUGUCAUGAGUGCGGGAUCAGGAGGACUAAUACUGGAAAAGAGCAGAGGAAGAGUGCCUACACUGAUGAGGUUUUUAAAAUGUCCGAGAGAUCCCCGAAGAAGCGUCACAAGAAAAAAUCCUUUCUUGAAAAAUUAUCCCGUGCCUUCGGGGGAAGACGCAGUAAAAGCAGAGAGUCUGGAUCAUCUGACAGCGAUGAGGACCUGUCAAAUGUCAGGAGAAAGGGCCCAACACCGACGCCGUGUGGUUCCCCCACGAAAACAAUCGCUGGAGUAAACAACGCUGGAACAGCUGUUUCAGCUGAUCUGUCAAAACCCAGGGACUCACUGGAUUACUCCAAGACCUCACGACCUGGGGAGUAUUCCAGGGAUAAUCACGAUAAUAUACCGUUUAUUGAUGGUAAAAUGAGUGAUUCCAGUGGUUUGAGGUUAUCCAGUGACAAUGGCACACCCACAUGUGCGCAAAGUAGUUCUGAUCGUCAUUUGGAGGCGAAAAAAGUGUUCAUGGAGAAGUCUGUGCAGGGUGCAGUAAAGUCUGUCGAUCCUGAGGCAAUUCGAAAAGUCGUGGAGAUCAUAGCACCAGCUGGAGUCGAUGUCAAGGUCACUGAUAAAUUGAUACGAAAGGAGAAGAAGCACUUGGGGCAUGACUGCGAGUCCGACAGCGACGAGUCCGAUACCACGGAAUCGAUACAUUCCGAGGAUGACUCCUUGGAGAGUGAGGAGGAGAUUAAUAUCAAGGAUUUGUACUUUACCACUGGCAAGUACAUUACUUAUUUUUUCUUGGAAAUGGAGAGGCAGCAUUACAAUCCACAGGAGGAAAAGUACAGCUAUAUUCAUUAUCAUGGAGAGGCUGGGGACACGUGCAAGAAAGGAGAACAGUCGUCCUCAGACUCGGCCUCACCCAACAUCUCCAUGCAGAUGAAGCACAAGCUGUUGCACAGAAGAUCAGUGGAUAAUCUAGUGGCGAAUUCACCGUCAACUUCAUUAGAACAUUCCAGUCCAGAGUCUGUGAAGAGUGUACCAAUUCGAUUAAAACCGAGAUCGACCUCUCAUGAUGCAAUUGCCAGGAAGAAAGAUCGUCUUUUACUUCAUGAUGGAGCUGUAUCAAUGGACAGUCUAGCUAAACAGGCACUCCUUGCUGCACAAGUUCUCAAUUUAAUUCCCACCCAGAAAGCUAGGGAAAGGAACUUUUUACACGGUCGUAUCGCUGCCAACUCCUUGCUGGGUUCUCGUGAACUUGAGAAAGUCCUGCCAAACCGUGAAAUCACGAUUUUCGUUGGCACCUGGAACAUGAAUGGCCAGAGUCCCCCGAAGGAAUUGAACGACUUCAUGCUGCCCACCGAGAUCCAAACAAUUCCGGAUAUCCUGGCGAUUGGAACUCAAGAGUCUUGUUCUGAGAGAUCAGAGUGGGAAGCAGCACUCCAAGAGACACUGGGACCUUCCCACGUACUUUUAACCAGCUCUAGCCUAGGAACCCUCCAUUUAGCUCUGUUUUUACGAAGGGACCUCGUGUGGUACUGCUCAGUACCUGAGGAAGACAGUUUCUCCACUCGUCCUGGUACCGCCUUCAAAACCAAGGGAGCAGUGGCACUUGCACUCAUUAUUUUUGGCACUAGUUUCCUAUUCGUCACUGCUCACCUCACCGCCCACCAGGACAAGGUUAAGGAGAGGGUACACGAUAUCAAGAAAAUUGUCAGAAAUCUCGAUUUGCCCAAGGAAUUGCCAACCAAGCACAACAAGAGUAAAGACGUGACACAGAACUUCGACUGUGUUUUCUGGUGUGGAGACUUGAAUUUUCGUUUAGCCCAGCCUCGUGAGGAGGUGAUCCAGUGGGUGUCGCAGGCAUGUUUUCCCCAAACGACUCCCAUAAAUCUCGAUAAAGAUCAAUUACGUAUGUCAUUAACUGGGAGUGCAGUAUUACGUGGCUUUGAGGAGGCGCCGAUAACAUUUCCACCGACCUACAAGUACGAUCCUGGCACCCAGACAUUCGACUCGAGCUCAAAACAACGUGCACCAGCGUACACAGAUCGUAUUUUAUUCAAGGGAAAGGGGCCAACACGUGGCUACAUGAGACGAGUAAAUCAGGAUACUACAACACAGAAAGAUGGAAAUAUCGAGUGUCUGGUUUAUGACUCCGUACCGAGUAUUUGUACGUCGGAUCAUAAACCAGUUUGGGGGGUUUUCAAGACCACUGUGAGGCCUGGGAUCGAUACGAUACCCCUGGCUGCUGGACUCUUCAAUCGGGACGUCUACCUCGAGGGAAUCAGGCGGCGAGUAACUGCCAUGGACUCUGGUAGUUCAUCUAAUGUCUGUACACUGCAGUAAUUACUUGUUUUCCAUCAGAGAAAAAAACAAUUCUCAACAAUUUAGGAGAAUUUCAAUAAUUUGAUUUAAAAUCCAAAUUCAAAAGAUUUUUGGAAUUGGUUUUUCUUACUUUUUAUCCAAGUGUGCUUUAUGUAACAAGAAAGAGAAUAUUAAAUGAGCUAGUGGGAGGUAUGCUGGGCUUCAAUUGAUCUAGUCGAAUUAAUAAUUCACAUUUAUUGUGUGAAUAUCAAAGCUUUACUCUUGAACGUUCAUUUUAUUAAUACUUCUCGAUUUUUAUAGAGUAUUUCAAGCGGAGAGCUUAAAAUUUUUUGUAUUAGAUUUUACUAGAUAGGACAAUUCAUUGAUAGGUUUUAUUGAAAUCAUAAAUACCUUAGACACUUUAAAAUUUGGGACAAUAAGAAUUUGAUAAACAAGGUACAGGCUGCAAUUUCUGGAUUAAUUUGAAAUUCUUAGAGUCUAUUCGAUGGAACUACUCUGUCUUAAUUCAUAAUUCUUGUUAAUAACACAUGGAAAAAUGAGAAAACACGUCCAACAGUAUUUUGCACUCUUUAAGCUGUAAUAUAAUGGUCCUAAAUGAGAUAAAUAAUCUGCUCUCAAUAAUCGGUAAUUAAUUCAAUUUAAUUCGAUGUUAAAUUCAAUUAUUGGCUAAUCGAAAAUUAAGUUUCGAAGGAGCUGCACAAAAUAAAUUAAAAUUCUAUCAUUUUAUUUCUGGACAAGAAUAAAGACGUUCGUAACAAUAUUUUGAUUUUAUUCAUUACGAAAAAAUUUAUUUUUAUUAAUCGCAAAAAUCGCAGUGCGAUGAGUUCCUAUAACUAUCUCUAAACGGAGAAUUUACUUGACGUCAGUGAAAUAGAAUAAAUAUUGAUGUACAGAGGGACUUUCUGAUUAUUUUGCUGAGUACCAUAAGAAAAUAUUUAUUAGAGGAAAUGUCCUCAUUCGCCCCCAGUAAUUCAGUGUAUGGAAUAUUACUUAACAAUAAAUAUAAUCAAAAUCUCGUCGAGUUCAGAGAGUUCUAAAAAAUUCUCGAUUAUUCGAGUUGAGCUGCUUCUCUAAUGGCUAAUAAUAGUAAUAAUAAUUACAAUAAUAAUAACAAUAAUAGAGUGGUGAGUGAAGAUGAAAUAAUGAAAAGGGGACUUUUAACAUUUCCUUUCAAAAUCAACAGUUUCAUGUCGUGAUUCAUCUCGUCUUACCACUCCACUAUUGAAUAAACUAUUAAACAAUGCUGUCAAAGAAAUGUGGAUAAAUAUAAUAGGCUAAUAUCGAGGCGACGUAAAGGGAUCUGCCUUAUUACAUGCCUUACCGGGAACUGGGAAAGAAAAGAUAAAUUAUCGCUAUGAAAUGUUUCUAAUCGAUGCCAAUGUAUUUCAUCAAUUAAUUGAGAACAAUUUAUUCUUAAUCGUUUAGUCAAUGAAAAAUACUAUAUGGGACUUAUUAAACUGUCAAAAAAUUACCUCCGCCAAGUUAAUGAACGUGGGACAAAUGCCUAAAACCUUUGUUAAUUAAUUUCAAACAAAAUCUUUUGACAUUCGUAAAUUUCAUUGGCGGAUGUAAUGAUUUUUCUCAGUGCAUUGCAUAAAUGGAGAACCAGGAAAGACUCGCUAAAAGUGCUAAAUGUACAUCAAGUACGAGACUGUAUCUCCGACUUAUUGGUAUUGUAUUAAUUUUUUUUUGUAAUUAACGCACUGUUGUCUACUGUGAUACAUAACACUUUGUUGGGCAUGGAGAGAUUGGAGUUUCGUCGGAGGUCCUAAAUUAGCCAAAUAUGGAACAAUAAUUAAUCUCGUAAAUACACCAAGCACAGUGGUAAAAUAGAAUGUUUGUAUUUCAAGAAUUUCGAACAGUACUGCACAAACUUUUCAACGGAAUGUAAUGUCUAUGAGUUUUCUAUGUUGGAUCUUCGUGAAUAAUAAAUGUAGAAUGUUUCUACUGGAAUAAAGACGCUCCGUUAUCAAAUUGUCAAA